UAAUUUCAAUAUCAACAGAAAAGAUUGACAUGAGGAACCACAGCUCCAGCUACCAACCAAACCAUCCUUAUCAGAUUUUAGAACACAUCCAACAAUAUUUUAUUGGAUUGACUAUAGUGUCCAUUUACUUGGUCACUAAGAUACGUAGCGCCACAAAUAAGCCAAUACUUGAAUCUAGACACUGAAUUGACCACUAAGGUAAAAAUUUAUUGGCACCUAUGGUAAAAAUAUGAUUUUACAUACACAUGUUUGUACCUUAUUCGUGAUGCAAAUUCUCAGAGGUGCUAAAAUUAAAUUUUACCUAGUCUUGUAAUGAAAUAUUUUUUGCACGCCAACCACGUUUUUGUACAAUUUGUAAUCCCUACCGUCUGUUUUACCUGCCAUCUGAAUUUCUGAUCCCUUCUUUUGUACACGCAUUAGAAUUGAAGGACCAUUAUACCCUUCUGCUAUUAUCCUAGCAGUAGUCGUGUACUCUUCCAAGUUCCACCACAAAUUAGCAUACACCGAUUGCCAUUAUAUUCCAAAUCCCCAAAACUAGUUAAUUAGAAAAUCUAAACGAGGGAAAGUUGUCGAUGUCACCAACCAUGAUCAGACGGCCGGCAAUGCUCUUUCUUCUCAUCAUCACCGUUGCUUCCAUAACUUGCGGUGCCCAAGCAUCAAGAUCCAUCGUGUUCUUGCCCCAGCCUUUAUCAUCCCUCGACAUAAUCAACACCACUCUGCACCAGGGGCAGAAUGCACGCUGUUCAUUUACGGUAAGCAUAAGGACAAGCUGCUCUUCUCCAGCACAAACUAGAGACCAAAUUAGUCUAGCCUUUGGUGAUGCUUAUGGAAAUCAGGUAUAUGCACCGAGGCUAGAUGAUCCAGCAAGCAGGGCUUUUGAGAGGUGUUCCAGGGAUACGUAUACAGUAUACGGGCCAUGUACGUAUCAGAUCUGUUAUGUGUAUCUGUACCGGAGUGGAUACGAUGGAUGGAUACCGUAUGAUGUUACCAUAUACGGUUACAACUCCAAAGCUGUAACUUUCACCUACAAUUUUGGCAUCCCUAGAGAUACUUGGUAUGGUCACAAUUACUGCCGUUCACAUACUGUGAAAUCUGCAGGAAACUUGGCCUGGAAUUUGCUUUCUAUCGGUUCCACUAUGUUGUAUACAGUUGCUAGCCUGUUUCGCGGUUAGUUUAUGGGCCUUUUGGGUUGUAUGUUCCUCGUUGAAAGCCUGCCUAGUCCAAUGGAUUUGUGGGUUGGCUUUCUUUCGGGCUAAUUCAUGUCUUGCUGUAAUAAUAAACUGAAUGCUACUUAGGUAUGGUUGGUUAGUUACUUUGGUUUAUUAAGUUGUUAAAAAUGCAAGGCAAAUUUUCCAUGAAUAGGUUUAGCAGAUGAUAUGCUACUACCCUUUUGGAUGAAACAAAGCCUUGGAGUAACAGGUAUAGUUGCCUCCAGAAAUGCAAGGUGAAACUACUUUAGUGUACCGAGUUGUCCUUAUAUGCUAUGUUUUUGGAUGUAUUGGAAGAAGUUAUAUAUCUCAACCUAAUAAAGACUUUUUAGUUAA